CACGGAGCCAAGUUCAACACGCGCUGCUAACAUACGAUCGGUUCACAGCGGAUUUUAGAGAGUAGGUGAUUAAUGAGAGGUUGCAACAGAUAGAACGGCGAGACUCUAAUUUAGGGACGAGCCAAUCAGAAGCGUUUGAGUAAUUUCAAUUAUUAGUCAAUCAGAAAACGGCAUAAAGUAAAAAUAAACUAAAAGAAAGGUUGUGGCAAGCGUUUUUCAUUGGAUUUCAAUUUACGUACACAUGUACGUAUACAUACUGGUGAUCGUCCUUACAUAUGCCCCUUUGAGAACUGUCAUAAACGCUUUGCUCAAUCAACAAAUUUAAAGUCUCAUAUUAUGACACAUGCCAAGGUCAGAUACCGAGGUCCUCGUAGCUCUUCAACAACUUCACAAACGCCCGGCUACUUCUCUGAACUUGAUGAACUGCCAAUUUCUCAGCAGGCUUCGGUUGCCGAUAAUGUUAAUGAUUCGAAUAAACCCUAUCCUACUCCAGAUAAUGACGGAGAAAAUAAUGUACAAGUUAAAAGUACAUCUCCUUUUAUGGUAACCUCAUCUAAUUCUUCCAACUCAAAAUCAACUUAUAUAAAGGCUCCUCGAGGUUAUACUCGUCCAACCUCUGCAUCACGAUAUACUGCACAUGAACUGCCCCCACCUCCAUAUACGAUUGAUGAAACACCCUUAUCUGUAUCCACAGGCUCCAAAUGUGAAUUGCGAAAUGACCCGUACAUUAUAGUACCAAAAUAUACAUCCGGCAGGCGAAAACAUUCCAAAUCAUUUGUCAAUCCUAAUGAAGAUGAUAUUGAUGACGAUAAUGACGAAGGUGAAGUAGAAGAGGAAGAUUGUUUUAUAAAACAAGAAUUCGAUCGUAGUUUCAUAUUAUCGGAUCCAGGUAUGGGUUCCGCAUUGUUCGUUGAUCCUGCACAAGAAGAUCGUGAAAUGAUAUGGCGUACUAAUGAAUAUCCCACUUUAGAUCGUCUACAUUUAUCCAAUUCAUUCGGAAACUCGAACCACCAACCUAUCAUUAUGUGCACGCGAGAUCAACGUCGCAGGAUAAUUCAACAAAGUAAUAUUAUGCCGGAUUACAUUUUGUGUCGUCAACAAACAAUACCUAUCUUAAGAUUGCCUACUCCUGCACGUACAGUGGUAUCUUUAGGACGACCACAGCAACAGUCCUGA